UAAUUUUAACGUUAUGCAACUUGGUGUCCAUUUAUGACGUCAUCGCGGGCUUAUGCAAGUUCAACGUUCACGCUUUCAGGAGUCGCUGGUCCUAUUCUUUUCCUAUUUCUUGUUUUGCUGUGGAGAGAUCAAGAUUAGGCCUACUACGUACAGACAUUUCAUUGUUGGCUACUAAACGCUAAUUGAAAAUGAGUGGUUUUACAGCAUGCGCGUACAUCCUAAGCACUGUGCUUAUGACAGUCAUUGCGGGUGUAAGUGCUCUGCUGGCUGCCCUAGCAGGAUCAGGUGUCGGGGUUGAACUCGGAAUAUUCAACUACACCAUUACAGAGGUGUCGGCAUUGUACGAAAUCGAAGCUACCCCCGCAGGUUGGGCAUUCUCCAUUUGGUUAUUCAUCUUCGUGUUUGAGAUCCUCUGGAUCGCAUAUGCUUUAUCAACAUUAUGCCGCUCAACCAAACAAGGCCCUGUCUACGUAGUUGCGCCCGUUCUACCACCUGAGUAUACCUUACUGUACAGCGUGAACCAACUGCUUUUGAUCGGUUGGUUGUUUCUAUUUGAUCGGGAAUUCAUCGGAUAUUCGAGCAUCGAUUUGUUGUUUAUUUUUGUGACUGGCUUCAUCUGUCUUCUGAUCAAUUUCAGACGAGUGGAUAAGUACCAGUCAUACAUGCAAGAGAAUCUCCCGCAAGAUUUGUUGGCUAACCGUGUUCUGGUUCAGAACGGCGUCGCACUCUACACAACCUGGACUCUCGUUGCUACUCUUCUUAAUAGUGCCAUCACUCUGACGUAUAAAGCGAAUGUGGACGACACGUUAUCGUCUACUAUUAUGUAUAUCCUUAUCAUAAUAAUAACUACGCUAUACUUCGUGCUAGAUGUUACUGUCUGGAACAAAUACACUCGGUAUACUUUCACACCAUACAUCGUUGUAAUAGUUGCCAGCCUAGGGAGCCUUAAUUUUAAUUUCGACCCUAGCAGCUCAGCAUCAAUUACCAUGUUGAUAUCUAUUAUCUUAGGUAUCGUUUAUCUUGUUGGUAAAAUUUUCCGUACAGUUAUUACACGUUAGUCCUAUUACGUCUUAUAAAGCCGGGAACACACUGCGCGCCCGCCGACGGUCGUCGGCGCGCUGACGAGCAACGGAUCUUUUCUAGUGAGAUCCGUUCAGACAAUCAACAGCAGACGACGUCGCAUCGCCUAGCGCUCACAUGGAGCAGAACUGGAUUCGUCAGCCGAAGGUCGUAUAUGAUCGUCGUAUGGUGCAGUGAGUGUCCGGCUUAAUAUGACCAAAUGUUACGGUAUAGGCCUAUCAGUGUCAUUCUUUAAAAAAAUUUUGUACUCGAUUUUACAAGUAUUUGUCCACAUUUGCGUAUCAUAUUUCAGCGUAUGUUUAAUGUAGCCUAGGCCUAUUGAUAAAUUUUAAUUUUGUAAUAAUAUUAAUGUCAUCAUGUUAAUUACUGACGUCAAUAUUGAAUAAAAUAUUAUCUUUAUUAAUAUUAUAAUUUUAAAUACAGUGCUAAUAAUUUCAUAUAGGCCUAUCAAUGUCGAAAUUAUAGUUAAUGUUUAAAAGAGCAUUCUUUUGUGAGCUAAAUGUGUCAAAUAAAUUAAUGUAAUCGAUUACAGAUUCCACAAA